CAACAGACAACUCGACAGCAGCAGAUGUUACUUUUUUAUCCAGAACCACAUUUGCGGUUUUGAACGCAACUCGGGACUGUUCGGUGAUGUCAUCAAGGGGGCGUGUCGUGACCCAGGGGGCGUGUCGUGAUCCCCGCAGUGGGUGAUGUAGACCUUUCCAGGGAAGUAAAACCCAGCAGCAGCAGCAGCCUACACACACACACACACACACUAACCAUUCCCCUCAAGAUGGCCCCGCUGCCCUGGUUCCGAGUGGCUCUGCUGGUCUCGUUUUCGGUCUUUCUCACGGUUCUGUUGGGGUUCGGACUGCCUGCCCUGCUGAACGCCGUCAUGAGGAUGUUCGGACUUCCGGAGACGAGUGUGACCGAGUGCAUCGUUGUUCUUUAUUUACUCUUUGUUUUUUAUGUAGCGACGCCGAGAAUCCCCCGAGGAGAGGUGGAGGUGAAGGGAAAAGCCGUGUUUAUAACGGGGUGUGACUGUGGCUUUGGUCACGCGCUCGCCAAACAUCUGCACAAACUCGGCUUCACAGUCUUUGCUGGAUGUCUCCUGAAGGAUAAAGGCGGCGAGGGGGCAAAGGAGCUGGAGGAGUUUUGCUCAGAUCGCAUGAAGGUCGUGCAGCUGGACGUGUGCAGCGACGAGCAGGUGAACCAGGCAGCAGAACACAUCAGAGAGAACCUGGAGGACUCAGAGAGAGGUCUGUGGGCCGUGGUGAACAACGCCGGUGUGUCCACAUUUGGAGAAGUCGAGUUCACCUCCAUGGACACCUACAAGCAGGUGUCAGAGGUCAACCUCUGGGGGACCAUCAGGGUCACCAAGGCGGUUCUGCCGCUGAUCCGCAGAGCCAGAGGCCGCGUCGUAAACCUGGCGAGCAUGUACGGCCGGAUGGGAAACGUCAUGCGCUCGCCGUACUGCGUGUCCAAAUACGGCGUGGAAGCCUUCUCCGACUGCCUCCGCUACGAGAUGAAGUCCUGGGGCGUCAAAGUGUCCGUGGUCGAGCCGGGGAACUUCAUCGUGGCGACGGGCAUCCUGACGCGGGACAUCGUCGCCAGCACGGCCAACAAGCUGUGGAGCGAGGCGCCGCCGCAGGUGAAGGAGGACUACGGGAAGGCGCACUUCGAGAAGCUGGUGGCUCUGAUGCGCUCGUACUGUAACAGCGGGCAGAAGAGCGUCGCCCCCGUGUUGGACGACAUCACCGACGCCCUCGUGUCCAAGCGUCCGUACACACGAUACAGCCCCAUCGAGCCGCACUGGUGGAUCAGAGUGCAGGUGAUGACUCAUCUGCCCGGCGCCAUAUCCGACCUCCUCUACCUCUGAAGUACACGCUCUUUGUCGUCCAGCUCCGGCGGGCCUUGGAUCACAGCGAGCAGCUGUCCUUUGUAGCGCCACACAGUGAACUCUGCUGAUCGAGCACUUUGCUUUUUGUUUGUCUGACGAGAUCAAGAACUUGAUGUACUGAUUCUGUGUUGAGUAGGAACUACUUUGUGCAGAGUUCAGACACUCUUAGCUCUAAAUAAUUCAUCUUUAAAGUCUUUAUAUGUGAUGUUUUGAUCCAGCAGAUGUCGCCCUUGAGCUCCAGCAUGAAACCAAAACAAC